AUGGAUCCUUAUACUCAAAAUUGUAGCUUUCAAAACCUGUUAAACAGUCAAAACCCUUAUCAGUCCGUCCCUCGUGAGCCAACUGUAGAAGUCUCUGCGUCGGAUGCCUCUAUGCUCAGUUCACCAUGGAACGAAGAUGUAGACGAUGAUGUAGAGAUCUUGUCUGACCGUAAAGAGAGACGAAAAUGGACACUCACAGAAGAUGUGGUGCUGAUCAGCGCUUGGUUGAACACCUCCAAGGACCCAGUGGCUGCAACGAAGCAGAGAUCGAGUGGACAGAACGAGAAUGACGUUUUGAAGUUGGCUCACAUGAUUUUCUUCAAUGAUCACAAGGCGAAGUUCAACCUAGAGCAUGCAUGGUUAGAGCUUCGCCAUGAUCAGAAAUGGAGUGGAGCGAGUUGUACCAAGGAUAAAGUUCAAGCAAAAAGAAGGAAGUUGGAUGCCCAGUCAUCAACUUCAAUGGCUGGACAGGAUGAACCAAUGGCUCGGCCAAAAGGUGUUAAAGCAGCAAAGGCAAAAAGAAAGAACCCAGGGAGCAAGCAAGCAACUUCGGAAGCGGAACAGAAGGAGAAGAUAGAGUUUCAAAGCUUUUGGGAGAUCAGGCAGAGCGAUUUUGCUUUGAAGUUGCAAGUCUGUUUGUGUCGAGUCUUUAGUUCGAGUCUGUAUGCUUUGAGUUCGAGUUUGUAUGCUUUGAAUUCAUUCGAGUCUGUACGCUUUGGAUGUUUAUGGUUAAUGGAUGUUUAUGUUAAUGGUUCUGCUUUUGAUGUCUUUGUGGAGUGA